AUGUCAACGCCGUCAGAAAUCCAGGAGAAGAUCUCCGCCGCCAGGCGAGAAGCUGACGGCCUGAAGGAGAAGAUCCGAGCCGCUCGCGAGCAGACCGCGGACACAAGUCUGCGUGCCAUGGCUACUGAGACACCACCUCUCGCCCGACUCCAGCUGAAGAUUAGGCGCACGCUCAAGGGCCACUUGGCCAAAAUCUACGCUCUGCAGUGGUCCAACGACCGGCGUCACCUGGUUUCCGCGUCUCAGGAUGGCAAGCUGAUUGUCUGGGACGCCUACACUACGAAUAAGGUCCACGCGAUUCCGCUCAGGAGCAGCUGGGUCAUGACGUGUGCAUACUCGCCCUCGGGGCAGUACGUCUCGUGUGGUGGUCUCGACAACAUUUGCACGAUUUACUCUCUGCGAGGAGCUGGACCGGGGCAGGCUGGAGGACAGGUCAAGGUGGCGCGAGAGCUGAGUGCUCACACGGGAUAUCUGUCGUGCUGUCGAUUCAUCAACGACCGGCAAAUCGUGACCUCGAGUGGAGACAUGACGUGUAUGCUGUGGGACAUUGAGCAGGGCAUCCGAGUCGCCGAGUUCCAGGACCACACGGGAGACGUCAUGUCGAUUUCGCUGUGCCCGACAGACCCGAACACCUUCGUCUCCGGAGCGUGCGAUUCGACUGCGAAGAUCUGGGAUAUCAGAAUAGGCAAGGCCGUGCAGACGUUCACGGGCCACGAGAGCGACAUCAACUGCGUCGACUUCUUCCCGAAUGGACAGUCGUUCGCAACCGGCUCGGAUGACGCGACAUGCAAGCUGUUCGACCUCCGGUCGGACCGCGACCUCAACACGUACCAGCACGACAAUAUCCUCUGCGGUAUCACGAGCGUCUCGUUCUCUAUUUCCGGCCGCAUGCUCUUCGCAGGUUACGACGACUAUAACACGAAUGUCUGGGAUACCCUCAAGGGCGAGCGCGUCGGUGUUCUCCAGGGGCACGACAACCGUGUCUCGUGUCUCGGCGUGUCCGGCGACGGAAUCGCGCUGGCUACCGGAUCCUGGGACUCCCUACUCAAGAUCUGGUCAUGA